AUAAUUUCUCCAAUAUUUAUAUGUUAUAAAUACAUUUUAUACAGCUAAUUAUACACUCGUAGUUAAUUUUAUGAAUUGGACAUUAUUUAAAAAUGUAAUCAAAUAGAAAAAAUGUGAAGGAGUGUUUUGAAAAUGACUGGAUACACCCCCACCCAAAUAGUCUCAACCUGCCACUUCCUUGUUUUUCAAAAGUUUUAUUUAGAAAAGAAGUUGCUCGCGAUUUCGGCGUCUUUUUGACUAAAAUAAUCCACACAUUUUAUCGUCAGAGUUCCCGUACAUCGAGCUACAAUCAAUUAAACGCAUGAAGGGUUUGCAUGGCUCGUGACAGUAGCUAGCUCGUAGGCUGGCUCUUGGUUUUGGAGGGGAGACGCGGAGAGUUUGAUCGAGGCACAAUGUUGUCCGCCACCGCUGCCAGUGACGAGGAUUUCAGCCUCAGGUUUCCACUUCACGCCCUGGUCUGGGAAAAUGACUACAGGAGGCUGGAAAACGAGAUACAGACGAAUAACAUCGAAGAGGUGGAUCCAAGAGGACGUACCCCCCUGCACCUGGCUGUCUCACUAGGACACCUGGAGUCAGUAAGAGUGCUGCUAAGACACGGGGCAGAUGUAACCAGAGAAAAUGCCAAACAUUGGACAGUGCUGCAGGAGGCGGUCAGCACCGGAGAUCCAGAGAUGGUCCAGUUGGUUCUGCAGAGGCGGGAUUAUCUCAAAGCCUCCACGGCACUGGGCGGAGUUCCGGAAUUACUGUGCAAGAUCCGUGAGUCCCCAGAUUUUUACAUGGAGAUGAAGUGGGAGUUUACUAGCUGGAUUCCUCUUGUAUCCCGCGUGUGUCCCAGUGAUGUGUGCAGAAUCUGGAAGAGUGGAUCCUGUCUGAGGGUGGACACCACACUUCUGGGCUUUGAAAACAUGACCUGGAUUAGAGGCAGAAGAAGCUAUAUCUUCAAAGGAGAUGACAGCUGCACAGAGCUGAUGGAAGUUAAUCACGAGGACGAGGUGGUAGACACAGAACGUUUCGACCUUUCUCGUGAGAUGGAAGAUGUCACGCUUGACUCCAUGCAGCCCGCCGAACAGGAAGUUGCAAAGAGGUUGACCACGUCCAUCGUCAACACGUACCUGGAUACGAAGGACAUUGCAUUUGAGAGGUGUAAGUCGGGCAUCUGGGGUUGGAGGUCAGACAGAACUGAGACGGUAAAUGGAUUUGAAGCAAAGGUCUUUUCGGUGAACAACGUCAACGUUGUGAUUCGCACCAGGACGGAGCACCUCACAGAUGAGGAGAAGGCCAGGAUAAAAAGUGAAAGGAAUGUUCUAGAAUCUUUACUUGGCACAGUAGAGCAACAAAUCGGUGCUCAAUGGGACAUGACUUUAGAAUAUGCCACUGCCACAAACCCCACCGCCAUCACUCCAGAAGAGUAUUUUAACCCCACCUUUGACCUGCAAGGGAGAGAUAUCGGCCGACCCAUUGAGCUCACCAUCAGAACACAAAAGUUUAAAGGCACUCUAUGGAUGAGUGAAGAACAUCCCCUGUCUCUGGUGAAACAGGUUACGCCCAUUAUUGACCUGAUGGCCCGCACCAGCACUCACUUUGCCCGACUCAGAGAUUUUAUUAACCUCAGGUUUCCUCCUGGCUUUCCAGUCAAGAUCGAAAUCCCUCUGUUCCACGUGUUGAAUGCCCGCAUCACGUUUGGAAAUGUUAACAAGUGCAGUACAGAUGAACCUCUGGACGCCGACCAAUCAGCUUCCACGCCCACACCUACAGAGAUGUGCGAAAAUGGUGACCUGGCUUCAGCACCGGCUUUGUUCCAGGUUUCCCCGUCCGUGUUCACGCCACCUGCACACUAUCAUCAUCGAGGUGGCUACCGGCACCAGAACCCUCGUCAAUACAACCCGACCAGUCACGAUGAAGAGCUCCUUCAGUACGCCAUUCAUCAGAGCCUGCUGGAGUCCAAUGGACUCGAAACACAGGACUCUUGGAGCGAUUCGGAUGGACAGGUGACACAAUCCAUGGUGAACAGAUUAAGUGAUGGAUCUGGGUCUGAGGGAGUAUUAGUAGAUCUUAGCGACACCACCACACCUUCAAGCUCUGGCUCCACCUCCAGCCCCGACUCUGAACUGCGAUUGGCCAUGGAGAUCUCCGCCCGAGCGCAGGAGGAAGAGGAGAGGAGAAGAAAGGAAGAAGAAGAAGAAUUGGAAAGAAUUAUACAACUCUCACUAACAGAAAAGUGACAGAGUAAGACGAAGAAGAAACAAAGGGAGUUCCUGUUAUUGCCAUAGUUAUUCAACCUUUUUAUUCAUCAUACCCCUCUAUAGAUUCAUGCAGUUUUCUUUUGCCACUGACAGUACAACUACAAACUACAAAUGCUUUUGUUUUGUAUGGAAUAUCAUCCUGCUUUCUUAUUCCAGCAUUUUAUUAUUUUAAGUGGUGGUCACGGACUGUUAUCUUCUACUAACUCAAAUGGGCUUUUUCCACUAAUGUUUUAACAUCGUGCAGUCUAUUGCGCGUAAAGCAGUGCUGCUUGAGGAUGUUGUGGUAGAGUGAUUGUGAUGUAAUUGAAGGUCUAAACAUAAACCCGUAUGUGAGAAUGUACGUUUGUGUGUCUUGCAGAAAUGACCAGAUGCAGUUUUUUGACAGAAACAUCAUUAAUAUUAGCUUUAGAUUUGUAUUCAUACUAUAUCUCAGGGUUCGACUGGUCAUCAGUUGUCUGUUUCUUUAAAACCAUUAUAAAUCUGAAACCAUUAUAAAGUGAAAGAGACGAAUGUUUUAUAUAAACAGUAGGACGCAGUACCAUCUUCAACACGUGUGCUUUUGUCAGCUUUAAGCACCUCUACUGUAAAGGCAAUAAUUUACACCACCGUGCCUCCGCAGAGUAAGAGGCACUUAUGCAGACUGGAAUAUAUCCGAUAUGGACUGUCAGAUGUAAGCAAAUACAUCUCAAGCUUUUAGUCUGGCUUAUUUGUAUAUUAAUACAAUAAAACAACUCAUUUUAUCAUAGCUAUCUUUUAAUGCAAAGCUCGAAUGUGGCAGUGGGUCACUUUUCGGCACCAACAAAACCUCAUCCUACACUAAAGAACUAGGGGAAUGUGUGAAAGAUAACCAGCUGUGUAUGUUUUUUUAGGUGUUGUGAAACUGAUUGUGGUUGGACAGCAUAGCUGCUGACUGAUGUGGAUAAACCUGCUCUGCAAUUAAUUAAUGAAUGUCGGAGCGGUACUGCAGCAUAUUGUUAGAAAAUUUCACGCUAUUUCUUCCUUAUUUACUUGACAGCGCUAUUUUUUUGUGAAAUUGUUUUCUUUCUUGAUGUCUUGAAUGUUGUCUCUUUUGUCGACUUCCUGUAAAUCCUGUGAGGCGCAAAAGAGUUUUGAGUAUUGACUUACAGCUUGCAGUAUCUUCUUCA